AUGGAUUCUGUCGCAGUCGAUGAUCGGGGAGAACACAUAAAUGGCAUGCACAAGAUUGACCAGGCGCCAGCCGAUCUCCACGCUGGACGCCGGCGUAUCCCUGACAAAUUCCCACCUGUCGCACUACUGAUCCUUGUUGUCGAGCUUGGCGAGCGGUUUACUUACUUUGGCCUCAGCGGUCCAUUGCAGAAUUAUAUUAAUAACCCCUAUGUUCCUGGCUCAGACCUCCCCGGUGCGCUAGGCAAAGGGCAAGCAGUCGCAUCAGCCCUCGGAAACUUUUUCAAAUUCUGGGCUUACGCAUCUACCAUAAUUGGUGCGAUCGUCGCAGGUACAGUCUCAUAUCCCCAGCAAUAUUACAAAACUAUUGCUAAGAGUUCAUCAGACCAAUAUGUCGGUAAAUUCAAAGCCAUCACUAUCUCUCUAGGAGUCUACAUCAUUGGCUUGACUAUCUUGGUCGCUACCGCAACACCGGCCGGUAUUCACAGUAAUGCUGGAUUUGGCGGUUUGGUUGCUGCGAUGGUCAUAAUUGGCCUGGGAACCGGUGGAAUCAAGGCCAACGUGACCCCCAUGUGCGCCGAGCAAUACCAGAAUGCGGAACCAGUUCUGAAGACGCUGAAAACAGGUGAGAUCGUGGUUGUUGACCCCGAAUUAACCAUACAGCGACUCUUCAUGUGGUUCUACUGGGUCGUCAACGUCGGUGCGCUCUCGCCCUUGAUCACAGUUAAUGUUGAGGCCAAGGCAUCUUUCUGGCUUGCAUAUUUGAUUCCAUUAAUUGCAAUAUGUCUCUCGGCUAUUGUUUUCCUAUCCGGCCAGAAGCGAUAUGUUAAGGUCCUUCCACAGGGGUCCGCCAUUAUAGAUGCAUGCAAAGUCCUGAACAUUGUCCGACAGGAGAAACACUUCCAUGAUGCAAAGCCCUCAUCCCUUGAGGCUGCCGGUCGCUUGAGCAAGUACCCAUUUGCAUCUUCAUCUCGCUACACAGAUCAGUACGUUUCAGACAUUUGGAACAAUCUUAUCUCACAAGCUGGUCAAAUGGCGCUGCAUGGAACACCCAACGACCUCCUACAAAACCUAGAUCCAAUCGCCUUGUGUAUUUUCAUUCCACUUCUUGACUGUGCGUCUCCUCAUAACGAUAAGACCAAAACAUCUGCUCACAAUCAUACCUUUAGUGGGGCUUUAUCCAUUCCUCCGCAAAUUCAAAAUCAACUUCAGCCCAGUCCGUCGCAUCUUUACCGGUUUCCUGCUUGUUUCAGCCUCCAUGGUCUACGCGAGCGUGUUACAACACUUUAUCUACAUAUCACCAACUAA